UAGAGAUCACUCAUUCUACCUCAGUCAUUUACUUCGACUGAGCGUCUUCGCUCCUAGUUGCAUCAAAGUUUCAAAUAUCCAUGUUCGAUAACUGACCCUCACUUGCUUUCAAAUAGCUAUACAAAUAUUCACAUCACCACGACGCGCUAGGCUAAUUUUCAUCCCAACUUCUCUUCCAUUCCUACCUGUGACAAGCGUUGUAGCAUCUUGGAGGUCCCAAUCCUCUUAAGCAUGACUUCUGCAAGCUACGAAACUUCUACUUUUGCUAAUCCUUCGUCUGCACACGACAUACGACGCUCUCUAGGUGGCAGUUUCUCAUCUGUAUACGACUCGCCAUAUUCUACUGCACGUCGAAGAUCUCCAUCUCCUGGGCCAUCUUCGCGGAGAUACUCCCCGUACGAUAGUUAUAUCCCCCGUGGGGGACCUAGCUAUCGUAGUGAUGAUCAUCCGAACAUUUACAGGCCAAAUGCAUGGAGACCAGAACGCUAUAACAGCCGCAGUCCAUCCCCAGAUCGUUACGACCGGUCUCGUUCUAUGGAACCGCGCUUCUGGGAUCCCGGUUCCCGCUGGCAGUCGUCUUGGCAAGAUCGAAGAUCCUCUCCGAGUCCACCACCUCUACGGGAAAAACUCCGCAGAGAUACUAUGGCAGAGCGAAUGUUCGAGCCAUCAGACUCCUGGAAGCAAUCACACGUCGAUCGACCCGGCCGAUACGAAGCGUUGGAGCCUACAAGUCCCAGAUUUCCAGAUUAUCGUGCCCGUCCUGCACGAGAUUACUCUCCUCAGAAGUCACCAGGGUAUCCUCCUACUCAUGGUGAUACUUAUCGCCCUUAUUCUAGUGGUCAAAGCUACCGAGAACCACACGUGUUCGUUCGGUCAGAUUCAUAUCGGCCACAAUAUGAUGAUAGUGCUCGGCGGUCACCGCGCUCAGUUGAUAAAUCGAACACAGAUGCUUACUAUCCGCGUCGACCAUCCAGUCAAUAUGAUCACGAUGAUACGCGGUCUUCGACCUCCAUUGCUAGUACACCGCCUCGCCAUGCUAUUAACUCUCCUCCCCCAGACCCACAUAUCACCGAUCGUGACCCCCGUAUGCAUUCACCAUCUUGCAGAGCUGCAUCACCUGCCCACUCCGUAGCACGAUCUAGAGCGUCCUCGAUAUCUUCUGAAGUCCCCCUUAAAAGAUUAAAGUCGAGAUCUUCAUCCCGAUCAUCUGCUUCUUCUCGACCUGAUAAAUCUGCUAUGUCCGUGCAUAAUGGUUCUAAGGAUUUCGUGUCACCGAAAUCAAAUCGAGAGAGUACAAUCCAACAAGUACCCACGCAUGUGUUGUCGCGAGAUCCUGAUCGACUUGGUUCUACAUCGAACACUUUUGCUGGAAAGGGUUCUACACACCCUAAGCCUCUACCCCACGAGUUGCCGCACGUGGACGCCAAACCGGUCUAUCCUGUGGUGAACGGUGAGCUUAAUGGUCCGCCUUUGGCAUCGAACUUCCCGCGUUCUCCACCAAGUUUAUUGUCAGGAGAAGAUAUUGAGAUGUCUCCUCCUGGACUCAUAUCUUCUCAUGCUCUCCCUGGUGACGUGGAAUUCGCCUUCUUGGGAGAUUCUACUGGCAAAGGGAUUGAAAUGCAAACCAACCAAACCUCCCUUCUUUCUGAUGACAUUAGUCCUGCUACACCCAGUCCUGCUUUGAAAUCUGUGGGGGCGGUCGUCAAUGACUCGCCAGCGUCCGCGACCGCGACCACGGCUCCUUCACCAGAAUCAAGAAUACCGGAGAAAGAUAUUGAUGUCGGCUCCUCGCGAACAUUAACAGGAAACACUCCCUUUCUUAAGUCUGUUCCACAAGUCACUGCCACCGAAUCGGUCGGUAGUCCAUCUCAUAUCGAGGCAGGAGAGCAGCCUUUGACUCCUGCACUUGACGUAGAACAACCCGCAACCUGGUUUUAUGGUCGUCCGUCUUAUUCAGACUCGACCGCAAAAGCCCUCCGUUUUGUAGUCUUAACGAGGCUUCAAUGUGAUCGUCAGACGCGCGAUGAGCGUGUUGUUCCGGUUCUCAGGGCCAAUCGGGCGAUCCGCGAGCCUUCUCUGCCUUCACCCAUUGACGCGCAAGACAAGCUUUUUGAGGAAUUUGCAGCUGAUCAGCCCCGUCAGGAAAGAAUGGCGUUACAUUCUCAGUCUAUUAGAUCGUCCUUAUCAGGACACUUCCUGGAGCGAGAAACAACCCUUCGGGAAAAACAGCAAAAGCUGAGAGAAGAAUAUCUUGAGCUACAUCAGCAAUGGAUAGCGCAAUGUGCCCGGCUCGAUAACGUGUCAAAAGGUGGUCUACCUGAGGAAUCCAUGCCAGCUUCUGCAGGCGGCAGGUCCACCAGACGAUCAGCUGCUGUUUUGGGUGAUGCUGUUCGCUCUGAUCUUGAGAUGGAGCAAAUCAUCGCGAAUCUUGGGAUGGAGGAGCUGACGGAUCCAAGCUACUUGGCGAUCAAGAACGUUGCAAAGAUACCGGAUAUGGUUUCUGUCGUUGAUGGCCGUGGUCCAUAUUCUUACGACGACACGAACAAUCUCUUGGACGAUCCUGCGGAAUUCUACAGCUCGUCCUCGGCUCUUGACCUCUGGACAGAAGAGGAACGCAUUGUCUUCAAGGAGAGAUACGCUGCCCAUCCGAAACAAUUCGGGCUUAUUGCUCAACAUCUACCCAAUAAGACUGCCGCCCAGUGUGUCACGUACUACUACUUGCACAAGCCGCACGUCGACUUCCGCAAGGCUAUUGCACAGUAUGGUGCAGGUCGGCGCCGAAGGAACGGCAGGGGGGCUAAUAAGCAGAAAGGCAACGCGCUACUUGCGGAUAUUCGCCGCCAUGAUGAUGAGGUAUUGGCUGCCCACCCCACCUCCUCGGCUGUACCCAGCAAGCGCAGGAGGGCUGCUAUGCUGCGAUCCAAUGCUGAACCCAGGAGAAACCAGUCCCGCAGGAGUACCGUCCAGCCUGAUCAGACCCCCACUUCCUCCGGGACAACUCCAGAUCCUGAAGCGGAUGAGCAGAAGCGCCGGCGGCGCUCCACCGCAGUUGCGCGUUCGUCGGGUCUUGCUCAAGAAGAGGUCGAACCUACUGAACUAGGCGCUGAGGCUCCACCUCCAAAGCAAACCAGAAGACCCCGGAAGCCAAGAGCACGCGCAGUCCCCACCCCGUCAGAGGAAGCCACCCCCGCUCCAGAACUCCCAGAUUAUUGCAAGUCGUCGUCGAUGCCAAUACCAUGGUCCAAAGAGGACAAAAGUCAGGCCUCUCCCGCACAGCCUCUGAAAUUGGCUUGCUGAUCUCAGUCCAGGUUUGUUCCUUGAGCUUCUAUCUCAACAUGGUGAUAAUGUGCACCGCGUCGCUGCCUCCAUUCCCCACAAGGUCUGUGGUGAUCUGGUAGCAGGCUGUGGCGCCGCUUAGCUUGUCACAUGAAUGAAUUGGCAUCUGUUUCUGUUGGGGAUUCGACACUUUAAUUAUCUAAUUCAGUAGUUAUACUGCAGUCCUUUCAGGCGACUUUGUCUGAUACGUAUAUCCUCAGCUUGUAUCUCACUCACGUAUGGUAGUUGUAUAGUUCGCUA